GAUGACUAUUUUAUGAUUCAUGAUAUAUUCGCGCCAAUUUUGAUUAUAUGAAGCGUGAAAUUGGUUAACAAUCGAUUUGUAUCUUAUAUCGUUUCGAACAAUCUAUCGAUUGUCAUACCCGUUCAGCGCCAGUCUCUCGAAUUUCAAAUCUUUUAAAUGCUCAAUUCAGAUUGCCGUGAAUUUUUGUAAGAGAACGGUUAAUACUAUAUUUAUAAACAAUUAACAAAUCAAUAUUAAAACAUAAAUUAUAAUGAAAACGACGAUUAGAAUAUUAACAAUCAUUUUUUUAUUAUUAACAAUACAGAAUUUAUCAGCAAGAUGUGCUGUUCCUACAGAUUCAGUUCACCACAUAGAACCAGGAAAAAUUAUUGUAAAUGAUAAACCGGGCUUACAAGUGUUCUGUCAUAAAGCAAAGUCGAAAUAUCUUUUAUAUAUUUGGAAGACAAUAACGAUGAAUUUGGAUAUUAAACGAGACACGUAUGAUUUAUAUGAUGGUAAAACACCUCAAGAAGUAUUUGAAAAACAUUCUAAUAAUCAAGGAUUUUGGAGAUUUAAUUUUUUCAAUACAAAAAAACAAAAAUCCUUUCAAUUAGAUCCUUUCCAAACUACUUGCAUUGGUGUUUACAUUUCUGAAUAUGAAGGGUUACGAUAUACUAUGAGUAUGACUCAAACACGUGCGGAUAUAUGGAAAAUCUUAAUGGCUGUUAUUGGAAUUGUAUUGUUUUGGUUUGCUAAAAGACUGAGUCAUAAUCCAUUAUUUUAUUACUUAUGUGGCAUUAGUCUUGGAGUUACAGCUUCGUGUAUGAUAUUAAUAUAUUUUGCUGGUAAAUUAUUUCCACGAGGAAAGUUUAUGUACUUAAUGCUUGCUACUGGUUGGACGAUGAGUUUCUAUGUUGCUCAAAUGUUAUGGGAAAACACACAGUUUAUAUUAUUACAGUACAGAGAUUACGUUAUGUGGUAUAUUCUAAUAACUUCAGUAAUAAGUUUUCUUAUUUGUUAUCGCUUUGGACCUGUAACAAAUGCUAGAACAAAACAGAUCAUACAGUGGUUCUUACAGGGUUUAGGUUUAAUAUCCAUUUACUAUAGCAGCUAUUUCUACGAAGCAUCAUUUUUAAGCUGCGUAGUACUCGUUCUUCUUUAUAAUUUUCCAAUUGCUGUGAUAUAUAAAGGAAAAAGAUAUUGGAGAAAUAUGUUUCCCGAAAGAAGAAAGUUAUUAACAGAUGAUCAAUAUCGUAAAGAGGCUAUACAAGAGACUAAUAAAGCUUUACAAGAUUUACAACAUUACUGCUGUAGUCCCGAAUGUAAUCCAUGGAAAACAAUUUUGAAAUUGAAGGAUCCCAUAAGAUUUGCCAAAUUUAUGGAAGGAGAUUCACAUUUGUCAGAAGAAGAAUUGAAAGAACAUGAUGCAGAAAUAACAAGAAUCAUCGAAGACUACGAAUAUACGGAUGAUGACGAUGACGACGAUGAUAGUUUUUGAUAUAGAUUGUCUUGUUUUAUAUUUAUAUAAAUAUCUAUAUAUAUAUAUAAAAAAAGAAAAGCACAAACACGUGAUCGAAGGAAGUACAAAAUGGAAUAUUAAUUUUAUCGUCACAAUGACAAGAAGACAUUUAUACAAA